AUGAAAACAUCAAGAUUAUCAACUGUACCAACAUCAUCCUCCUCAACAUCAACAUCAUCAUCACCUUCAAGUAGUAGUGGUAGUGGUAGUAGCACUAACACAGUAGGUUCAAGAUUAUUUACACAAACUAAAGUUGAUAAUUCACCAUUAGAUUUUGAAAAUGAAAAAGAAUUACAAAAAAAAUUAGAUGAUAUUGUUAGUGAAUUUAGAAAUAAAGAUAAAGAAUGGACAUUUAGAUUAAAAGCAUUACAAAUUUUACAAAGGAUUAUAAAUGGUAAUGGUAUAGAAUUUAAAGGGUGGAGUUCAAUGUUGAGAUCGAUUUCACCAGCAUUGAUUGAACAAUUGACAGAAUUAAGAUCAACCAUUGUUAAAGAGGCAUGUGCAAGUGUUAGUUUGUUGGGAUUUAGAAUGAAAUCAAAGUUUGAACCAUUCGCAUUACAAUAUACUCAAGCAUUAAUUAGAAUGGUACCUGUUAAAACAACGAUAAUCUCUGAAUCUGCACAUCAGACAUUGAAAGAUAUUCUAGAGAGUGUUUCAACCAAAAACCUUUUACAAACUUUUUUAGACGCAUCAUUAGACCAACAUAACGAGCAAUUACGUAAAAGAUGCUCAGAGUAUAUUUACAUAGUUCUAAGCAGGGCCAUCGAGAACGAUGGUAUGAUUCUGGUUAGCAGUGUGCCUGCAUUGGAGAAAUCCAUUCAAAAGCUGUUAAUCGAUGGCGCUAGUGAAACUCGUCAAAUGGCACGUUAUUGUUUUUGGGCUUAUUCUGAACUAAAUGAAAAGAGUGCAACCCUUUAUUCUACACUCAUUUCACUCCAACCACUCAAAAGAAUCUUUUCACUGUUCAAGAACAUCUAA